GGUGCCCGGGAUGAGCCUCACCCGGAGAAGGGGCUUCUACAAGCAGGACGUCAACAAGACCGCCUGGGAGCUGCCCAAGACCUACGUGUCCCCGGCGCACGUCGGCAGCGGGGCCUACGGCGCCGUGUGUUCGGCCAUCGACAAGCGGUCUGGGGAGAAGGUGGCCAUCAAGAAGCUGAGCCGGCCCUUCCAGUCCGAGAUCUUCGCCAGGCGGGCCUACCGCGAGCUGCUGCUGCUCAAACACAUGCAGCAUGAGAACGUCAUUGGGCUCCUGGAUGUCUUUACCCCAGCCUCCUCCCUGCGCAACUUCCAUGACUUCUACCUGGUGAUGCCCUUCAUGCAGACGGAUCUGCAGAAGAUCAUGGGCAUGGAGUUCAGUGAGGACAAGAUCCAGUACCUGGUUUACCAGAUGCUUAAAGGUCUUAAGUACAUCCACUCUGCCGGGGUGGUCCACAGGGACCUGAAGCCAGGAAACCUGGCCGUCAACGAGGACUGUGAACUGAAGAUCCUGGAUUUUGGGCUGGCCCGGCACGCGGACGCCGAGAUGACGGGCUACGUGGUGACGCGCUGGUACCGCGCGCCCGAGGUCAUCCUCAGCUGGAUGCACUACAACCAGACUGUGGACAUCUGGUCGGUGGGCUGCAUCAUGGCGGAGAUGCUGACCGGGAAGACGCUGUUCAAGGGCAAGGACUACCUGGACCAGCUGACCCAGAUCCUGAAGGUGACCGGAGUGCCCGGGGCCGAGUUUGUGCAGAAGCUGAAGGACAAAGCAGCCAAAACCUACAUCCAGUCCCUGCCCCAGAUCCCCAAGAAGGACUUCACUCAGCUCUUCCCACGGGCCAGCCCCCAGGCCGUGGACCUGCUGGAGAGGAUGCUGGAGCUGGACGUGGACAAGCGCCUGACGGCCUCGCAGGCCCUCGCCCACCCCUUCUUUGAACCCUUCCGGGACCCUGAGGAAGAGACAGAGGCCCAGCAGCCGUUCGAUGACGCCUUAGAACACGAGAAGCUCACAGUGGACGAAUGGAAGCAGCACAUCUACAAGGAGAUUAUGGACUUCAGCCCCGUGACGCGGAAGGACUCACGGCGCCGGAGUGGCAUGAAGCUGCAGUGACUCGUCCCACCCGACCCCUGGCCAAACACGGGGACCGCCAUGGGCGCCAGCCGGGUGCUGCCCCUGCGCCCGGCCCUCUUGUCACUGCUGGUCUCAACCCUUCUUGGAACAGAACCUUCUAGUCCAUACAGGGCCCUUCUCUCCCUUGUGUGGGAAAUGGGCCCAGCAGAUGUAGAGUUCAAAGAUGUCGGCUGGGAGACUAACUCCGAUCAUAAUGGGCUGCAUUAAAACGCCCGUCUGGAGACCAGCCCGAGUGUGGGGUCCCUUCCUUCCUGGGUGCAG